AUAUCUAUAUAAAAACAGAUGAGACGAAUACUGAGUAAAUAACAUGACAAUCAGGGGAUCUUCGGUGCUUCAGAGCCUUUAAAUUAACUCGAUCAAUCAACUCAACCUACAGUCCCCGCCCCUUUGCGCCUGCGCAGAGCCGCAUAGGGAGCUGUCCGUGCACUCGGUGCUGGACUGUUUUCACCGAAGCUGCUUCUGCCCCCCCCCACCCCCGGUCCACAGAAACAGACAGGAUCGAUGGAGGAAGAGUUAAAAUGCCCCGUUUGCGGUUCUCUCUUCAAGGACCCCAUCCUGCUGCCGUGCUCCCACAAUGUCUGCCUGGCCUGCGCCCGGAACAUCUGCGUCCAGACCCCGGACGGAGAGACCCCGGUGCAGAGCCGAGCCUCGGGCAGCUCCGACUACGACUACCUGGACAUGGACAAGAUGAGUCUGUACAGCGAGACGGACAGCGGGUACGGAUCCUACACGCCGUGCCAGCUCAAGUCUCCAAACGGGGUGCGGGUGUUUCCAGCGGCCAACCACCCCCGACACUGCUCCCUCACCUGCCCGCUGUGCCACCGGAGCGUCUCCCUGGAUGAGCGGGGGCUCCGGGGUUUCCCUCGGAACCGGCUGCUGGAGGCCAUCGUGUCGCGGUACCAGCAGAACCGCCGCGCGUCCGCCGCCGCCGCCGCCGCAUCGUCCACCGCGGUGAAGUGCCAGCUGUGCGACCGCAACCCGGUGGACGCGGCGGUGAUGUGCGAGCAGUGCGACGUCUUCUACUGCACCGCGUGCCAGCAGCGGUGCCACCCGUCCCGCGGUCCGCUCGCCAAGCACCGCCUGGUGCCGCCGCCGCCGCCGCCGACGAACCACGCGGCAGGAGGAGGAGCGGCGAGCGGUGGCGGCAGCGGCGGUCAGCUGCCGCCCGCCACCGCGCGGAAACCGGCCACCUGCGUGGAUCAUGAAGCGGAAAACUUCAACAUGUACUGCUACAGCUGCAAGACCCCGGUGUGUAUGAAGUGUUUGGAGGAGGGGAAACACGCCAAACACGAUGUCAGACCGCUGGCUGUUAUGUGGAAACAACACAAGUGCCAGAUCUCCCAGGCCCUGAACGCUGUCUCCGAAAAAGCCAAAGACGCCAAGGAGUUCCUGGUUCUGCUCAAGAACAUGCUUCAGCAGAUACAGGAGAACGGCGUGGAGUUCGAAGCCUGCCUCGUGGCCCAGUGUGACGCUCUGAUCGAGGCGCUCACCAGACAGAAAGCCAAACUGCUCACCAAAGUCACCAAGGAGAAGGAGUACAAGCUGAAGGUGGGUCAGCGAUCUUUUGGUUGUGUUCCCGGUGUGUCACAUGGACGCCUGCCCAGCCUCAACGUGCCCACCGACCGACUGACCGUCUGGCUGGUGGCGAGGGAGGGAGGGGGGGGCAUCCACUACUGGGAGGUCCGAAUCGAUCGCUAUGACAACCACCCUGACCCUGCGUUCGGGGUGGCGAGGAUCAACACCAUAAAGGACAUGAUGUUGGGGAAAGAUGACAAGGCGUGGGCCAUGUACGUGGACAACAACCGCUCCUGGUUCAUGCACAACAACUCCCACACCAACAGGGCGGAGGGAGGCAUCACUAAGGGCUCCACUGUGGGCAUCCUGCUGGAUCUGACCAAACACACGCUGACUUUCUACGUCAACAAGCAGCAGCACGGACCGACUGCCUUCGAGAACCUGGAGGGGGUCUUCGUACCCGCCGUCAGCCUCAACAGAAACGUGCAGGCGACCUUACUGACCGGCCUGGAGGUGCCAAAGAAUACCAACCAAUCAGAAAGCAACAUCACAUUCGGUUUCCACAACGCCAAGGUGAUCUCAGGAGGCGAGGGGGAAACGGUUCAGCAGUGCUUGUCGUUGCUUUGCUUCUCCCUCAGGUGUCCUUACAACGAGCAAACCACCGUCAUAUUUCCAGAUGUGCAGGAGAAUCCGUUAUUGAGACAAAUGCAGGCAGCAGCGAGCAGUGGUGAGGCUGAACCGGAGACAGAGAGCCCCGGAGUGGAGUCUGGACCCUCGGUGCCGGCGGCCCCCCUCCUGCAGCUGGAGAAGUGCUGCACCAGGAACAACAGCGCCACCCUGGCCUGGAAGGUGGCUGCACCCCCGGUCAGCCCCGUCGAGGGCUACAUCCUGGAGCUGGACGACGGCAACGGAGGACAGUACAGGGAGGUGUAUGUGGGGAAGGAGACCGUGUGCACGGUGGACGGCCUUCAUUUCAACAGCUCGUACAACGCCAGGGUGAAGGCCUACAGCGCCGUCGGUGUGGGGCCCUACAGCAAGACCGUGGUGCUCAAGACCUCCGACGUGGCUUGGUUCACCUUUGACCCCACCACGGCGCACCGGGACAUCGUUCUGACCAAUGAAAACCAGACCGUGUCCUGCAGCAGCUACGACGACCGCGUGGUGCUUGGAACGGCUGCGUUCUCCAAGGUAAACACACGUCUGUCAUUUGUGUUUUCUUCAUUUUUACACAUAGGGUUACUUCUCAUAUAA